UUUCAUAUCUGUUGAUCCUUGCGUGUUAAACAAAACAUACCAGAAGCUUCCAAGACUAAUUCUGUUAUGUGUUGGUAAUUGUCAGGGAACUGCUACAAAAUGUUUCCUGCACUAAAUUUGCGCCUCUUGCUUCAUCUGCUUCUACUGGCGACGGCUUCGUAUUCUCAUGCACUGGCGUCCAGCAACGAGACUGAUCUCGAUGCCUUGCUAGAAUUCAAGGCAGGUCUAAACCGCCAGUCAGCUGAUGCAUUCGCUUCAUGGAACAAAACCACUGAUUUCUGCAAGUGGCGUGGUGUCAUCUGCAGCCUCAGGCAUAAGCAAAGGGUAUCUGCCCUGAACCUCUCCUCGUCUGGGCUUCUCGGCUACAUAACCCCUUCCAUCGGGAACCUCACGUACCUGAGGAGUUUAGACCUCAGCUACAAUCUGCUACAAGGCGAUAUCCCACAGACGAUUGGCCAGUUGAUGCAAAUGUCAUACCUUGACUUAUCAAAUAAUUCGCUCCAAGGUGAAAUGCCCCGGACAAUUGGCCAGUUACCACAGUUAACAUACCUAUACCUAUCGAAUAAUUCGCUUCAAGGGGAAAUCGCACAUGGCCUGCGGAAUUGCACUCGUCUUGCAAGUGUCAAACUUGACCUGAACAAACUCGAUCGACGAAUCCCUGAAUGGCUUGGUGAAUUGUCAAGGAUUGAGACCAUAUCAAUCGGGAAGAACAGAUUCACUGGGAUCAUCCCACAAUCACUUGGAAACCUCUCGUCGCUGCGGAGAUUAUACCUCAAUGAAAACCAGCUAAGUGGUCCAAUCCCUGAGAGCCUUGGCAAGCUCAGAAAGCUUGAGGGUCUAGCUCUGCAAGUAAACCACCUCUCAGGAAAUAUUCCGGGAACGCUCUUCAACAUUUCAUCACUCGUCCAUGUUGGUCUGCAAAUGAAUCAACUAAAUGGCACGCUGCCCUCCAAUUUGGGCCCGAACAUCCGACGCCUUAUCCUUGCUCUAAACCAUUUCACUGGAAGAAUUCCGGCUUCCAUUGCGAAUGCAACCACAACUCAAUCCAUGGACCUCUCUGGUAACAAAAUCAACGGAAUCGUGCCUCCAGAGAUUGGAACACUCUGCCCAAAAUACCUGAUGCUCAAUCAAAACCACCUGAAGGCAACCAAUGUUCAGGACUGGGGGUUCAUCACUCUCCUCACAAAUUGCACAAGCCUUCGUUGGCUCACACUGCAAAACAACAAGUUUAGCGGUGGGUUCCCGACCUCUGUCGCAAACCUAUCAGGGCAACUUGAAGCCCUAGAUAUCAGAUACAAUGAAAUCUCUGGCAAGAUACCAUUAGGCAUUGGCAGCUUUCCCAAACUAUUCAAGCUAGGGCUCUCUGGCAACCAUUUUACUGGCCCUAUACCGGACAGCAUAGGAAGAUUGACCAGGCUCCAGUUCUUGACACUAGAGAACAACCAACUCUCUGGGAUGAUACCGUCCUCACUCGGGAACUUAACACGGUUACAACACCUUUCAGCAGAUAACAAUAUCUUAGAGGGACCUCUUCCAAUAAGCAUUGGAAAUCUACAACAGCUUGUCAGUGCAACCUUUUCGAACAAUGCGCUUUCAGGUCGACUACCUGGAGAGAUCUUUAGCCUAUCAUCCUUGUCAUACAUUCUGGACUUGUCUAGGAAUCAUUUUAGUAGUUCUCUUCCGUCCCAAGUUGGUGGCCUCACAAAGCUCACAUACUUGUACAUCCAUGAGAACAACUUAUCUGGGAUGCUGCCAGACGCUCUCAGCAACUGCCAGAGCUUGAUGGAGCUCCGUUUGGAUGGCAACUACUUCAACGGUAUGAUUCCUUUGUCCAUAAGUAGAAUGCAAGGCUUGGUACUGCUGAAUUUGACCAAAAACAGACUCACGGGAGGGAUCCCUCAAGAUUUAGGACUCAUGAAUGGCCUGAACGAACUGUAUCUUGCACACAACAGUUUGUCUGCAAAGAUCCCCAAGACCUUGGAAAGCAUGACGUCCCUUUACCGGCUCGACAUAUCCUUCAACCUUCUUGAUGGCCAAGUCCCAGGACAUGGUGUGUUCACCAAUUUGACUGGGUUCACUUUUUAUGGGAAUGCUAAGCUUUGUGGAGGUAUUCAAGAGUUGCAUUUGCCUUCGUGUCCAGCCAAAACAGUUGGGCAUGGUCAAAGGAUAACCCGAGUCAUUCGAAAUGCAGUGAUCCCAAGCAUUACAAUCAUCUCGGUGUGCUUUAUAAUGGCAGUAUGUUUCUUCUCACUGAAAAAUAAAUUAAGACUGCCAUCAACUUCGGUAGCUCCUUCCUUGACGGGUGACAUGUAUCCUCGAGUUUCUUAUUCCAACUUGUUUCAAGCAACAAAUGGCUUCGCAACUGACAAUUUGGUCGGUACUGGACGGUAUGGAUGCGUCUAUAAGGGGAUGAUGACACUCAACAAGUCAGUGCGCACUAUGGCUGUGAAGGUUUUUGACCUUGAGCAAGCUGGUUCCUCGGAAUGUUUCCUGGCCGAGUGUAAGGCACUUGGCAAAAUUCGACACCGUAACUUGAUUGGAGUUAUAACUUGCUGCUCUUGCUCUGACUUCAAACAGAAUGACUUCAAAGCCAUUGUUCUCGAUUUCAUGCCUUAUGGGGGUCUUGAUAAGUGGUUACAUCCAGGCAUAUAUGCAUCAAAUCCAGUAAAAGUUCUAACACUAAUGCAGAGACUGAGUAUUGCUUCUGAUAUUGCUGCCGGUCUAGACUAUCUGCACAACCACUGCCGGCCAACAAUAGUUCACUGCGACUUCAAGCCCAGCAAUAUUCUUCUUGGGGACGAUAUGGUUGCUCAUGUUGGGGACUUUGGCCUUGCAAAGAUUCUUGCAGAUCCAGAAGGCGAGCAAUUGGUCAAUUCAACGAGUUCCGUAGUGGGAACAAUUGGAUAUGUUCCACCAGAAUACGGUGAAGGUAGUCAAAUUUCUCCAAGUGCGGAUGUGCAUAGCUUCGGUAUCGUGCUCCUUGAGAUGUUUACAGGGAAAGCGCCUACACAUCCUAUGUAUACGGAUGGAUUGACCUUGCUCGAGAAUGUAAAGUCAGCAUAUCCAGCACAACUGAUGGAGAUUAUUGACCCCUUUCUGCUAUCAGUUGAGAAGACACGGAGAGAUAUCAAUAGUUACAUGUACUCUGUCACAAGACUUGCACUAGCAUGCAGCAGGAAAAGACUAACUGAGAGGCUGUCCAUGGGAGAUGUCUUAGCUGAGAUGAACAAGAUAAAGGCUUGCUGUGUUGUAGAAGUAAUCAGGGAAUGUAGUUCUGAGUGAUGGAACAUCAAUGCAUUGUUUCAUAAGAAGUACUAGCUGCAGUCUGCAGAACUAUCGGAAAUUAUCCCCACUCAUAUCUUUUGUCCUCGGUUACGUUUGCACUGCAAGACCAAACUAGGAGUAUGUGGCAAAGUCAUCUUCAGUCUUUCGAUGUUAUCACCAGCAGCCCCAGCGCGCCGAUCAGAAGAUACUGCAGCAAGAGGCAUCAUACAUCCGCAUUUCAGCAAUUGUACAAUUAUAUAUCAUCGCUUAUACCUCCAGGAUGGUCAGUUAUACUAAACAUACCUUGAUUAUCGGCUGCUCAGUCAUCACAAUCGUAACCCACCCGACAUAUGGAAGAAAGCUGUUCACAUAACAAAAGGAAAACGUCAGUGAAUUAUUUUUCUCCAGCAUGUAGGAAGAUAAGUGCCAAAUGUCAUGGAUACUCACCCUACAGCCCGUCCCAUAAUGUGAUGCUGCUGAAGCCAAUUCUGACCAUGCGCAUACAAGAGCCGGUCAUCGCCAAAAUUGUUAUCGCCUGAAAGGCAAUUGAUA